AUGAAUAUUAUAUUCAUUCACCCUGAUCUCGGGAUCGGCGGUGCAGAAAGGCUCGUUGUCGACGCUGCAAUGGCCCUGCAACCAGGAAACCAGGUCACCGUGUAUACGUCUCACUGUGAUAAGUCGCACUGUUUCGAGGAGGUCGCCUCAGACCGGCUCAAGACAAAAGUGCACGGGGAUUUCUUGCCAACGCAGAUUUUGGGGAAGUUUGCAAUUCUGUUUGCAUUUCUGCGUCAAUUGUACCUGGUAUCUGUGCUGGUGCUCACUGGGACCCUCAAAAAGGCCGAUGUCGUUUUUGUCGACCAGCUGUCUUACUGUCUUCCAUUGGUCUACCUUUUCAAAGGUCCACAAACAAAAGUCAUCUUCUAUUGCCAUUUCCCAGAUAAGCUGCUUGCAUCUCACUCGGGGCUGAUUAGAAAAAUCUAUAGACUGGUCUUCGAUACGAUAGAGGAGUUUUCAAUGAGGUUCGCAGAUAGGGUACUUGUCAACUCAGAGUUCACCAAAAAGACGGUUGAAAAAGAAUUCAAAAGUCUGCGGACCGAAUCGCUCAAUGUGGUGUAUCCCUGCGUGGGAGACAUCUCCAUACAAGACACGUCUCUCAAGGAGGUCGACAACAUUCUCAAAAACACUCCGUUCUUCCUCUCCAUCAACCGGUUCGAGAGAAAAAAGAAUAUCUCCCUGGCCAUUCAAAAGUAUCACCAGUUCAUCACUAAAACCGAAUCGAAUCACAAACUCGUCAUCGCUGGCGGCUAUGACUCCCGUGUGUUUGAAAAUGUGCACUAUCUGAUAGAGCUGGAGUCACUUUGCGAGAAACUUGGCCUGUCUUCGAUCACCAUCAGAGGAAAGCUCAUUGUAGCUCCCAGAGAUACACAGGUCUUUUUCCUGCCCUCGGUCAGCAGUGCCACCAAAAAUGCUCUAAUUGCCAGAUCUCAGCUGCUGAUAUACACGCCCUCCUUUGAGCAUUUUGGGAUAGUUCCUGUUGAGGCGAUGAGACUGGGAAAACCCGUCCUUGCGGAAGCUACCGGCGGCCCUACUGAAACCAUCGUGCCGUAUGACCAUAAAGACUUUACAGGAUACCUUGUUGGGCUGGUAGAAGACCGCUGGGUAGAGUACAUGGAACACGUCCAGACGUUGACGGAAUCAGAUCUUACACAGCUUUCCAAACGGGCCCAAGACCGUGUUGAGAAGCUCUUUUCGUCCAAGGCCAUGGCUCUCAGUCUGAACAAGGCUAUCGAGGAGUGCAAGCCAACGAAACAUAGCGGUGAAUUGGCAUUGUUUGCGUUGCUAACAUUAAGUGUGGGAGCUGCAGCCAAGCUCCUGAAAAGCGUCUGA